UCAACAUAUAAUAGCAAACUUACAACAAUUAUUUAACAUUUUUAAAGCCAUGAAGGGACAGACCACGGAGCGGCCAGGGAGAGCGGCAGAGCGGGAGGCAGACGCACCGCGGGCUCCCCCGGAGGGCCCUCGCGGCGCGGGGCGCACUCCCUAAGCCCUGGGUCGCCUGCGUUGCCGGGGAGCGCAGCGCCGGGCUCCGGCUCGCCAUGAGCCACCUCUUCGGUCCCCGGCUGCCUGCUCUGGCCGCCUCACCCAUGCUCUAUCUGUACGGCCCCGAGAGAGCCGGGCUGCCGCUGGCCUUCGCCCCCGCGGCCGCUCUGGCCGCCUCGGGCCGGGCGGAGCCCCCCCAGAAGCCGCCCUACAGCUACAUCGCGCUCAUCGCCAUGGCCAUCCAGGACGCGCCCGAGCAGAGGGUCACGCUGAACGGCAUCUACCAGUUCAUCAUGGACCGCUUCCCCUUCUACCACGACAACCGGCAGGGCUGGCAGAACAGCAUCCGCCACAACCUCUCGCUCAACGACUGCUUCGUCAAGGUGCCUCGUGAGAAAGGGCGGCCAGGCAAGGGCAGCUACUGGACGCUGGACCCUCGCUGCCUGGAUAUGUUCGAGAAUGGCAACUACCGGCGCCGGAAGAGGAAGCCCAAGCCAGGCCCAGGGGCCCCGGAGGCCAAGCGGGCCCGCGCCGAGACGCAGGAGCGCGGCUCCGAGGCGCAGCUCCCCGCAGGGCGCCGCGGCCCCGCGACCCCCCGCCAGGAGGGAGCGCCCGCACGCCCCUCGCCCCUGCGGGACGGCUCCUCUCCGCCCGCGCCCCUCCACUGGCCUGGGCCCGCGUCCCCGGAGGAGGACGCGGGCGACGCUGUCCAGGGCGCAGCGGCCUUGGCCAUAGGCCAGCCAGCGCGCACAGUGGAUGGCCCGGGGUCUCCUCCACGUCCUGCUUCCCACGGCUCUCCGAAGAGCUCCGACAAAUCCAAAAGCUUCAGCAUAGACAGCAUCCUGGCGGGACGGCAGGGUCAGAAGCCCGCCGGAGGGGUCGAGCUCCUGGGGGGCGCCAAGCCGGGGCCCGGCAGCUGUGUGGGUGCCUCGCUUCUGGCCACCUCCUCAAGCCUCCGUCCGCCUUUCAACGCUUCCCUGAUGCUCGACCCGCGCGUCCAGGGCCGCUUUUACCAGCUCGGGAUCCCUUUCCUCUCCUAUUUCCCUCUGCAGCUUCCCGACACGGUGCUUCACUUCCAGUAAAGCAAACAGUGACGGGGUCCUUCCCCUACCCUGGGCUGAGCUUGUGAGACCAGGGGCCUAAUCGCUGGGGGAAGGAGCCACGUUUUUGUUUUGUUUUUGUGUGUUUUUUUAAAUGAUCUUUUCUUCUGCAACGUGUGAAUCCUGGGAAGUGUUACCAACUUUUGCACGCAGGUGGGCAGGGUCGCCUGCCUCCUCCGAGGUGAGGCGGACUUUCCCAGAACCCGGAACACCUCCGGAGAUUUAAAAGACCUUGCCUGGCUAGGACUUGGGCAUCUCAGACCUCCUACCGCCAGAGCAGGAGAAUUCCUUGACCUUAGGUCAGUCUAAGGUUGUGGUCUUCCACUGCCCAGCACAGGUCCUUCAUGUCCAGAGCAGCAAGGGCCCAGACAACCAGGGAGCAGGACUGAAGGACAUGGUGGGGUGCUUUCAAACAGAGCCACAGUCUGACUGUGGCCAGCUCGGUUGUGGGUUGUCACUGUGGCUCAGGCCUUGGCUUUGGGUCCAUGGGGUGGUGGGUGUUCACAGCUGGGUUUGUCCUUGAAGUCCAGUUGUGGGGACACUGGCAGUGACCCGUGUUUCAGGUUCUUUGGGAGAUCUAGGGCCUGGUGAGGAUUUACAACCAAUGUCCAGGUGGAAGCUAAGAAACCACACUUUUAUUUUAAAUACAGAAUUUCUCUCUUUUUUCUUUCUAGACAGUAAAAGGAAUAUGCUAUGUUCUUUGGCUAGAUGCUUGGCUCUUUUUACUACAAUGAUUGCCCUGUGAAAAUGUCUAUAGUAACAACCUCUAUUAAGAAAGUGCACUCUAUAUGAUAGCAUUUUGUUGCAUUAUGAUAGCCCGAUAGUCAGUACCCAUGAUCUCCAAGACGUGUUACCAACAUUAGCAGGUAUCCUGUCUUGUUGCUUUUGUUUUUAAGGGAUCAAAAGAUAGCAGAGGACACCAGAAGUGUGUGAGGGGGAGGGAAGCUGUCUUAGACACAGAAGAUUUCCCAUUUGCAUGUUUUUUCAAGCUCUAGGUUUGAUUUUUGCUACAUUUUCCAGAAUUGUGUAGUAAAGGACCACCUUUAAUCCAAAAAGUUGGAUGAAACAAACACAAAAGGCAGAUACUGGGAGAGAUGGGUCAUGCUGGGCAGAGAAAGGGAAUCUUCUGAUAUCUGCUGGAGGGUGUGUCUCUGGACCCCAAAGAACAGGAAGCUCAGCCAGAGGAUUCUUUCAGACAUUCCCAGCUGAUGGCAUCCCAGCCCGCACCCAGCUCUUCCCUCCAAGCCCCUUCCCCGGGGCGGGCGGUCCUAGAGCCAGCAGCUAAAUAAACACCUCAUGGAGGUGACUGGAAAUCUGGAGGGUGGGGAGCAGGAAGAUUGGGGGGAGGACAGGAGGAGGGUUCUGCAACAAAGAUCUGGUUAAGACAAUGGAGAUUUUUACAGCCCAGUUCAGUUUGGAACUUUUGGGAAGUGCAUCUAACCCCUUACAGUAUCUCUCUUUGGGUUGCCUUGGAUGGGAAACUGAAUUUCCUGAACCUCUAGGUUAUUUUAAUUUUAUCGGAUGUGGGAAAGACUCAGUAAGUCAUGAGAGUUCUGGAGGUAGGCUGCAAUAGAUCUUCCAAAUAACUUUUAAAAUAAUUUCCAGGACUUAGAUAAAGAUGAACACAAACUUUACAGCAAGAGAGCCUAUUGGUUAAUAUAUCCGAAAGGACAUUCCAGACAAGCAUAAUAAUUUAAUAAUUAGUAAGCACACAAUUGACUUUCUGAGAAUUUAUUCUUAAAGCCAUGUGCUACUGAUCCAUAAGUUUCCUUGAGCAUAUUCUGCCCAGGUUGGUGGGAAUGUUUUGGUGAGCUGCACAGUGUCCUUGAUUUUAAGAACUUUGAUGAGAUCCCAUUGUUGAGAUCCAGGCUCACUGUGAUUAACCUACAAUGUGGUGGAAGGGCUGUCAUGGAUAUUUUGUUAUCCCAAAGUCUCAGCCUCUGUGAAUAAAGUUGUUUUUUCAUUAACCUCUCA